UCAUUGUUAAACACUGGAUGAGAGCAAUGCUCGCUCUGGCCACGAGGCUUGUGGAGACUGCUUGCAUGCUAGCCACGCUAGGCCUAAUCGAUAGCGACGUCUGUGUGAUGUUGAGUGUGUAGAUUCUGUGUCGCGUCAAAUGAUGGAAGAUUGCUGGUGCUUUCUUCUACAUAAACUUUUAUUUUUAUAUAAAUGAUGGUUACUUAAGGAAAAAAGAAAAGUGGAAUUCUGUACAGACUGCUAAUGAGGCUCAGAAGCUGGGGUAGAAAGUUAAUGUGUAUGAAACUUAAAAGUGGUUUAAAAUGCAGCACAAUUAGAUGGAAUGAGAUUUUUGUGACAUUUGUGAGCAUGGAAAAAAUUUAUAUGACCAAAAGAGGAAAACAAGUCAAGAGACCAUGCCAGUCAACUUGCCACUAUUUCCUCAUGUCAAAAUUGACACAGAUGCCCAGAAGCUGCUUGUAGCACUUCCUACUCUUGAGUCAAGACUUCCCAAUAAAGAGCCUGAAAUUCAUUAUUUAAGAAGAUUUCUACGCAACAGAAAUCUUCAUAUUAUACUCAGGAUUUAUCGCCAGUUUAGAGCUCAUCAAGGCAGCAAAAGACCAGCUGCAGAUUUUGCAGUUUCUCAGGCAGCAGAUGUUUACUGUGAAAUAAGAUACAGAAUAGAGGACCCCAAUGUCCGCGAGCUAUUAGGGAUCUUGUCUAAACCACACAUGCAGGCUCUUUUGUUUAGCCAUGACAAAAUAGCCUGUGAAGAUUAUGAACCAAGAAUAGAUCCUAUUCCUUGUGGCACUGGAGAAGAUGAAACAAUCAUUAAAAUUGUAAGGCUUAUAAAAAACAACGAACCACUAGUAAGUAUAAUUAAGGAUUUAUUUUUUGAAAAAUGAAUGGCUGUAAAGUCAGUUUAAAAGUUGCCUUGCUCCAAUUUUUUUCUUUCCCAGACAUUUGCACCCAACUCCAUUUGAAGUAUUGAGGAGUUUUUAUUAGAAUUUUAAAAAUAUAUAAUUGACAAAAAAGGUUUAACUCAUUGAGAUUCUCCUUUUGGUUGUUAACUCUCAACUGUAUGCUUAUAA